AGGGCAACAGGUGGGAUACAAAUCGUACCAUCAUCCACUUCAUUUAAUUGUUCUGCCUGGCACCGUAUGUCGCUGGUGGAUAAUGUAGAGAUAUUUGUAAACAGGUUUACUGUAUUUGCACACAGUAAGCUAGUUAUGAUCACCGUGCAACGUUAUUUGACCUGCGGACGAUAUCGCAGGUAUACACUUGAAAAAAAAAAAUCCGUCGUAUAGGAGUUAUUAAUAAAUGUCACCAUGUUGCGGUCACGUUGAUCACGCCACAAGUAGAAGUCACGGCAAAGCUUAUUUAGUGCGCAGAUCUUGAUGGUUCGGCAAAUACCCUCCUCCUAAUUUGGACCCUUUGCAAAGACAACUUUGGAGAGGGUAAAUCCAAGUUUGAAAUGUGUGGUGUUGUAAAACACCGAGCGAGACCACCAUUGAAAUGGCGAAAGGUGUUUACUGCGCGUGUGCUAGUGUGCUUGGGGUUUGGCUGUGUGCUGCGACAUCGGUUAGCGAAGCCAUGCCUCUGGAUCCAGCGCUGUCCGCCCCCGACAUUACCCUGGCUAUUUCCAGAAACUUCCAGCCCACUUUUCCACGUCACUUGGAGGAAUCUUUAAAGCCUCCGUCGCUGGUAUUAAAUGUCUCAGUGCUGGGCAGCCAGAAGCUAUGAACGGCAUGAAGACGCAGUCGCCGCCGACACCGACAAUGGCCAAUAACGACAACGACCCUUUGCCCCUCGGAUGGGAAGUCAAAAUUGACCCUCAGACCGGCUGGCCCUUCUUCGUGGAUCACAACAACCGCACGACAACGUGGAAUGACCCGAGACACGACACGAAAAAGGUGAGAGAAGUGUCAACAAACGGACCCAACAUACCUCCAGAACCAAGCCCUCAGGAGACACAGAAGACCUUUGUGAAAGAGAUGAAGCACCCCAUCCUUCGCCCUGGUUAUGUCCCAAUCCCAGUCUUCCACGAGGGUGCAGAUCUCAAACAGCAACAGCACCCGUGCUAUUCUUUCAUCCAACCAACCACUGCACAGAAUAUCCGCACAGAGGGGCGGAUACCGUCGCCCACACCAGGAUUUCAUUGUAGGCCUCGAUCCCCUGUACACGGACCAGUUGAGAGCUGCUUCUCGGGGCCAGGAAAAGUCAGCUCACCUGCAACGCAAACAGCAGAGAUUUAUACUGGCCCGCAUCACCAACUCCCACGGCCCAGCAGCACUGGUCUUCAAGCAGGUUACAUCCCCAUACCAGUAAUUCAUGAGGGCGGAGGAGGCCAAAUGCAAGCACCGCCUCAGUUGAAUCCAUCCGUCCACUGUCAGCGCGUCCCCUAUACAGAGCAUCAGCAACCCUUCCACCGCCAUCAGCAAAACGAAUGGCCCAGCUAUUCGGCAGCAAUGCAGCCUCCUCGGGAAAGGGCUUCUCCCAUUUUGUAUCCGCAGCACCGAGAUAACUCCGCUGGUCACCUACCGCAUGGUAUCAGAAGCCAGUCACCUAUUGUGACACAGGUGGUGGGUGAAAGACCUCAGCAUGUCAUCAUGAGAGAGACACCUCCAAAAGUGGAACAGGAACGAAUGAGCCCUCUGCAAAAAACAGAGAAUGUCCAGGUCUCUCAGCCUUCGUGCACAGACGCUGAUGGCCAAAAGCCUCCUUUUCAACAGCCUCCACCUCAGCAACAUCAACACUUCCAACAGCCUCCACCUCAGCAACCACAGCAGUUCGAGGAGGCCCCCCUUCAGGCAUCUCCGCAGUCCGAGCAAUUACCACAACACUUCCCGCAGCCCCAUCAAGCGGAGCAAAAUAUUGACGACAUCACUGUUGAAAUGCAGUCAGAACCAGAAGCACAUGAAGCGGCGGCUGUUGCCGCAGAGGCACCACCUGCAAAGGUCGAGGCAGAACAGGAGGCCCAGUGUCCUGUCCACCCGGGUUUGGCCAAAGUACAGAAGAUAGUUGAGCGGGUUACGAAACUGGAAGAAGAGGUGAAAAGUUUUGAAGGUAAAAAGAAUGAUAAAAAAUACUUGUUGCUCGAGGAACUUCUGACCAAAGAGCUCUUAGCGUUGGACUCAGUCGAUCCAGAAGGUCGCGCGGAUGUACGGCAGGCAAGACGGGAUGGAGUCCGUCGGGUUCAGACCAUACUGGAGGGACUGGAACAACUGGAGGAACCAUCAACAAGGCCUGCCAGCGAGGCCUCGGCGGAGGGGGAUAGGCUGACACAGAAAGGAGACCCCAGCAUGAUCACCAAGGAGACUGUUGAGAUGGCAAAGGAGAUAUCCUAACUACAAGCUGGAAGUGUUUAUUUGAUAGUGAACAAGCGUGCAGCUGCUCCAGCUCACGCACUGCACAAUAUUUGUGAAAGAUGCAUGCAUUCAUAACUGUGUGGGUAUUUUUUUUUUGCCAGUCCCAACUUAGCUGAUGGGAGCUCUGUGCUGUCAUGCUUUUCAAAAAAAAAAAAAAUGUUGCCUUCAGUAUUGUGCCAGUGUCUUCAUAAUAAGACAGCUGUAACGAGCAAGGUGUUGUUGAUGUGAAGUUUCAGUCAGAUUCAGAGUUUGAUGAAGAGGCCUUUAUGAUAAAAUAAAGAAAACAAGUAUUUUCGUAUUGAAUGUUACAUGUAGUUGCCUUUUGUCUGGAUUCAAUAUUGUAUGGCGCUUUCCUCAACCCAAUCAGAACAUUUGUUUGUAUACAGUGCAUGAAGAGUGCAAACAUUUGGGGCUUUAAAGCUGAAGUCACUCAAAAAUUGUGUCAACACACCUUAUGACAAUGUUGGAGCUGUUUUGUGACAAAACCAGAAUGAAUUGUCAUUUAGGAGGCUGCUUUUUGUUACAUGAGUUACUGUAUUUUGUCAUCUUUGCACUUCAUGGAAAUGUAUCACACUGAUGUGAUCCACACCAUUUUUGAAACAUUUGUUCCACCAAUUCUAAUGUGAUUUGAGCACUUGUAUAGACAUCGGUUAACUCAUAAUUUCAAUGCAAUCUAUCAAAGGUAUUUAUAUUUCACCACAUAGUAUUUUACUACAUUUAUGAAUGUGUUUAGACAAAUGGAUUUGUGAUGUCUGACAAUCAGCACUUGGUGCUAAUAAGGAAUCAAGCAUUAUUGAUUGUUAGAAUGUUCUUUACAGAACCACCAAAGCCACAAUCUAUAAUACCACGUAGAAAAACUGCCUUAUGAGUGCAAUACGACACAAAGCUAUCACUUGUAAAAUGUCAACAUUUUUUUAUGAUUAGCCUCGCACAAUUUGUGUAAUGAUUUGUCACCAAAGUAAACCCUCUGUAAUGCCUUAUAACCCUCACGAAUUAUGGAUUGGACAGUUAAUGGGUGGCAGAAAAGUCAAAUUGGUUUAGUUGAAAUAAAUUGGUUUUGAAUAUAUUUUUGCCCAAUAUUUUGCUCCACUAAACAAAGGUGGCAAAAGUACUCACGAGUCCAAAUACAGACCCCAUCACGAAAAUACUAAGAGCAGAAGUCCUAAUUCAACUCAUUUACUUCAUUAAAAGUAAAAAAAGUACAGGCUCUGAAAUAUACAGGGUGGGGAAGAAAGAGUAUUGUCGAUAAUUGACAGUAAUUCUUAUUUUUUUUCCUUUUGUACGAUAAGUACUGGUUGGGGGUAGAAAGCACAAAUGUUUUUGAAAAACAAUCACAAAAUCUAUUCACUUGCAAGUCACCCAAAUCAACAGAGCAAUGUUGGACAGCGUGAAAGCAAACUUCCAUAAACACCUUCAAAAAUCCAACAAUGAAAGUGGAUACCACAUGGCAAUUGUUGUUUUCCACACUUGAUUACGUCAACUGGUAUUUUAAUACAAACACAAUGAUGUUAAUAAAGUUUGUUUGGCGGUACCAUUUAUUGCUUACUUCAACUCCUUCAGUAUACAGGAUCGAUGCGGAUACACACGUGCCCACAAAAAAUAAUUACAAAUCAUGGGACUGACCAAACUGUCAGAAAACCGGGAAAUUAGGUGGCAUCGGUUGGAAAAUGGAAAAAAAAAAGGACAUGGGAUAGGUACGUGUCUAUGUUACAGUUCAAGCACAAAACAAUUAUUUCUUUAGGAAUCCAUCAAUGAAAACGGGACACCACAUAAUAGAUGAUGUAUUCCAAACUUGAUUGGGUCAAGUGCUAUUUCAAUACAAACACACUGUAUAUGUUUGCAGUUAACAUUUAUCAUUUUGUGAGUUUUUCCAAAGAUGUGCCUUCUGACCCACCAUUGUACUUAUUGCACAAAAGUAAAGAUUUAUUUUUUUUACUGUUAAUAAUAUAAAAUACUCAUCAUGGAAUUGCUCGCUUUUCCGAAUCUGUUGCAUCAUAUUCAUUAAGACUCCUUAGUUACUGUUCCUGAAUGCCCUAUGGCUGCUGCCUGCUGGACCCGUUUUUCUGCUUCCUAAAGAGCUCAAUCAGUUAAUCAGUCAAUCUCAAAAUUCAUCUCUCGAUUUGUGUAUUUUUUAAACUGUGUCGGGAUUCAUAGAGGUUGAAAAAAUUAAUGGGCCUAUCUUGACCCCCCUAAAAAAGUGUAGAAAUGAAGAUAAUCUGUUUCCAUAUGUAGGGGGUAAAAUUAAGAUAUUGUUAGAAAAAUAAACACUCAAGUAAAUUACAGACAGCGGUAAAAUCAACCUAAAGGAAAAUUCCGGUGGUUUGGAGGAACAAUGUACCCA